AUGGCUUCGACGUUUGACACGCUCAUCCAAGAGCUCACGCGCGACGCUCAGCGCGCCCAGCCUCGAGACGCGCUACAGUUCUGCGCUAAUUGGUUCCAUUCUCGGCUCGAGGAGCAGCGUACACGCGUGCGCGAUGCUAUCCAGACUCGUCCCUCGCUCGCCGCUGCCCUGCCCCACGAUCUGUACACCGACCGCCCUGCUCGCGCCGCGGCCGCGCCGGCGGCAGGAACACAGUUCACGGAUCCAUUCAGCAGCGAGCCACGCAGGCCAUCCGCGUCCCAGAGUCCGUUCCAGAACGCUAACCCUUUUGGGACACUAAAUGUGCCCGGUAACGCCCGUCUUGUUUCGCCUGAUGGCACGCCCGACCCGACAAGCACCUACGAAUCUGCGCCACCGACUUUCCAGUUCGAGGACACCACCAUGUCCGAUCCUUACUAUUCCACCUACGAUCACAUCACACCCUCCCAGUCACCUGCACCCGGUGAUUAUCUCGGCCCACCAGGCUUUAUGGCCAUGCAACGUCGCACAUCUGUGAGCGCAGAGCCAAUCUCUCUCGACGGCGAGAGCAACGAGCCCCUGCCGUUCUUCGAGAAGACCGAGGAGCAGCUCGCGCGCAUCAGGGCCUCAAUCAAAGAUAACUUCCUCUUCCGUGGACUCGACGAGGAGCAGGAGACGGGCGUACUCAAUGCGAUGCGCGAGCAGCCAGUGUCCGCGCUGAGCGUGCUCAUCCGCCAGGGAGAUCCGGGCGACUACUUCUACGUCGUCGAAUCUGGAAAGCUCGAGUGCUACAUCCGUCCAGAUCCGCUGCCCGAAUGGUGGUCCAAGGACCUACCACAGGGUAUCGCUGCCCCAGGCUCAAUCGUCCAGUUGGAACAUCUACCCGAGUUCGGCAAGAUGGUGGCAGAAUGUCCUGCUGGCGCAAGCGUUGGCGAGCUUGCUUUGAUGUACGGCCACCCACGUGCGGCGUCGGUCAUCGCCAUGGCCGAUUCCAUGCUUUGGGCUCUCGACCGGAUCACGUUCAGGACUAUCAUUCUCAAGGCUGCUCACCGUCGCCGCACGAUGUAUGAGCACUUCCUCGAAGGCGUGAACCUCCUCCAGUCCCUCAAACCUUACGAGCGAAGCAAGGUUGCUGAUGCACUUGUGAGUAAGACGUACGAGGACGGGGAGCCGGUCGUGGUGCAGGGCGAGAUGGGCCGCACCUUCUUCUUCGUCGAGGAUGGCGAGGCGGUCGUGACGCAGCUACAGGAGGGAGAAGAGGGUGAGCAACGGGAAAUGGUCGUCGGCCGCCUAUCCCGGGGAGAUUACUUCGGAGAACUCGCGCUACUCCACCUCGCGCCCCGGGCUGCGACGGUUAGCGCGGUUAGGCGCGAUGCCGGAUCGACCCUACCGAAGCUCAAAGUGGCGGCGCUGGACGCUCAAGCUUUCACGCGUUUAUUGGGGCCAUUGAGGGAGAUUAUGGAAAGGAAUGCGACGACGUACGGGCCGGGCUUCGGGUCGCCGCACUGA